CUAUCAACUUGGUUCUUUGUGUAUAAAUAUAGACUGAAGAGAGAACAAGAAAACAAAGAAAGUGGAGGAGAGAGAAAUAAAAAACUUAAAAUUAGCAUGAAUCAUCAUACCUUACGUUGUUGUGGGAACAUACCCAAAACUCAUUUCCUAUUUUCAUUUUUUUCUCUAUUUUUUCUCUUCAGUUUCACAAACUCAGCUUUCGACCUUGCAACCAUACCCUUCAACGAUGGUUAUUCUCAUCUCUUUGGAGAUGGUAACGUUGUUCGUUCCUCCGAUGGCAACGGUGUUCAACUCCUCCUCGAUCGUUACACCGGUUCUGGUUUUAUUUCAUCAAAUAUGUAUCAACAUGGAUUCUUCAGCGCAAAUAUCAAGUUACCAUCGAAUUAUUCUGCUGGAAUUUGUGUUGCGUUUUAUACAUCAAACGGUGAUGUGUUUGAGAAAACCCACGAUGAGUUGGAUUUUGAGUUCCUAGGUAACAUAGCUGGAAAACCAUGGCGGUUUCAAACAAACUUGUAUGGAAAUGGAAGUACUCACCGUGGACGUGAGGAACGUUAUCGUCUUUGGUUCGACCCAACUAAAGGAUAUCAUAGAUAUAGCAUUCUUUGGACUGCGAAAAAUGUCAUAUUUUACAUUGAUGAAGUUCCAAUUAGGGAGGUGUUAAGAAAUGAGGAAAUGGGAAGUGAAUACCCAGUCAAACCAAUGUCAUUGUAUGCUACGAUAUGGGAUGCAUCGAAUUGGGCAACAUCGGGUGGAAAAUACAAAGUAAAUUAUAAAUAUGCUCCUUUUGUGGUUGAAUUUAAGGACCUAGUCCUCAAAGGUUGUUCAGUUGAUCCAAUUCAAGAAGUAUCCGACAACGACGUUUGCUCUGACCAAAACGUCGAUCUUGAAGCUCAAGACUAUGCCAAUGUGACCCCCAUGCGCCGCCUCGCAAUGCGAAGAUUCCGUCAACGCUUCAUGUACUACUCUUAUUGUUAUGAUACAAUUAGGUACCCAGUGCCACCACCAGAGUGUAAUAUUAUUCCAGCGGAGAAACAAAGGUUUAAGGAGACCGGAAGGUUGAAGUUUGGUGGGAGCCACCGCCGACAUUCUAGGCGGGGUGGCCGUACUUCAACUCCGGUAGAGGACACCGAUCAAGGUGAUAUGUGAUGAUUUGAUGAGAUGUAUAUAAUAGUGUUGAUUUUUAUGGAUUUUUUUUGGGUUUCUUGACAUUAUCAAUUAUUUGAUUGACGUAGAUAAUUAAGUGGUUAUAUAAAUUGGUACUUAAACAAAUUAGUGUUUUGGUGUUAUGCUUUUGUUACUUAGUGUGUGUUGUUUCAGUAGGUAGAAUAUAAAAUCGGUAUAAUUGAUUUGUAUGAGUGCACUAUAGAAUAAGUCAAAAUACAUUAUGGGACGGUUCUUGAUCA